AUGUCAGAUAUCAAGGAGCAGCUUGAAGUCUUCAGCUCAAAAGCAGAGGAAAUUGUCGACCGACUUGGUCAGCCAUUGAAGCCAUACCUCCCCAUCCUUGGACGUUUUCUCAUUGUCGCCACUUUUCUCGAGGAUGCUCUUCGAAUCUCGACUCAAUGGGAAGAUCAAAUCCUUUUCAUGGAGCAUAGCCGUGGUUUCCCAUCGGGCAUUUCCCAUCUCUUCCUUGCACUCAAUGUAGUGGUCAUGUUGGCAGGUUCAGGCAUGGUGAUUGCAAAGAAGCAUACGCAAUAUGCAGUGUACGGAUUAUUGGGAGUGGUGGUUGCUCAAGCACUUGGAUACGGCCUGGUGUUUGAUUUUCAGUUCUUUUUACGCAAUCUCUCGGUGAUUGGUGGUUUAAUGAUGGUGUUGUCAGAAUCCAUGAUCCAGAAAAACAAACAGGCCAUGUUUGCUGCUCUGCCACAGAUCUCGGAUACCGAUCGACGCACGUAUAUUCAAUUGGCAGGUCGUAUCUUGCUCAUUUUCUUAUUCAUUGGUUCGGCUUUCCAUGGUGAUGAAUGGUCUUUGGCUCGUAUCAUUGCUUCGGUGCUUGGUCUUAUUGCUAGUGUGAUGGUUGCUGUUGGUUUCAAGGCACGUUACUCGGCCGUCUUUAUGAUCCUGUUCCUAUCAAUAUUCAACAUCCUCAGCAACAACUUUUGGUCAGUCUCCCAUACUCAUUAUCAACGCGACUUUUUGAAAUACGACUUUUUCCAAACACUUUCCAUUGUCGGUGGAUUCUUAUUACUUGUCAACAUGGGUCCCGGUGGUUAUUCCAUUGAUGAGAAGAAGAAGGCAUUUUAA